GGGCCAAGCGAAGCGAGGACCACUAAUUUCAAUUUAUCGCCGUGGUUUUUCAUUUCCUCGGUACUCCUUCCUUCAUCUUUCCCUUCAAAAUCGCCGAUCCUAGUUCGCAGGCUCCGACCGCUCCGAUUUUUUCUCUCAGCUCCCAGAACAACAAAGUAGGACUUGUCGCUCAGACCAUAUUAUACAACCAGAUAAUGGUUCGAGGAAGAGAUGCCUGUUGGGAGCAUUGUAUCCUUGUCGAUGCAACAAAACAGAAGGUUAGGUGUAAUUAUUGUCAGCGGGAGUUCAGUGGAGGGGUAUACAGGAUGAAGUUUCACUUAGCUCAAAUAAAAAACAAAGAUAUAGUCCCCUGCACAGAAGUCCCGACCGAUGUGCGAGAUCACAUUUUAAGUAUAUUAAGCACUCCCAAGAAACAGAAAACUCCCAAGAAACCAAAGGUGGAUAAGGCAUUUGCAGCCAAUGGUCAACAGAAUAGCUCCUCUGCUAGUGGUGGCUUCCAUCCUAACCAUGGGUCUAGUGGACAGAAUGGAAGCACCUGUCCAUCUUUGUUAUUCGCAUGCCCUUCACCAAUUGCACACCUACCAGUGGAUGAUGUUCAAAAGCAAAAGCAGGAUGUGGCUGAUAAAAAAAUUGCUGUGUUCUUCUUCCACAACUCUAUCCCUUUUAGUGCUGCUAAAUCCAUAUAUUAUCAGGAAAUGGUGGAUGCUGUGGCAGAGUGUGGGGUAGACUACAAAGCCCCGAGCUAUGAAAGCCUGAGAUCUACUCUGUUGGAAAAAGUGAAAGGUGAUAUGCAUGAUUGCUACAAGAAAUAUAGAGAUGAAUGGAAAGAAACAGGCUGCACUAUCUUAUGUGAUAGCUGGUCUGAUGAUAGGAACAAAUCACUUGUAAUAUUCUCGGUUACAUACCCUAAAGGGACCCUGUUUCUGAAGUCAGUCGAUGUAUCAGGUCAUGAAGAUGAUGCUACUUACUUGUUUGAGCUGAUUGAGUCUGUUGUCUUGGAGGUUGGUGUUGAACAUGUUGUCCAAGUUAUAACGAAUACUUCUGCCAGUUAUGUUUAUGCGGGAAGGCUUCUUAUGGCCAAGUACAAUUCAUUGUUUUGGUCUCCUUGUGCCUCUUAUUGUAUUAAUAAGAUGCUGGAGGAUAUUGGUAAACAGGAGUGGGUGAGCACAGUUCUGGAAGAGGCAAAGAGCAUUACAAAGUUCAUAUAUAGCCACACAUGGACUUUGAGUAUGAUGAGAAAGUUCAAUGGUGGAAGGGAAUUGCUAAGGCCAAAAAUUACUAGAUUUGUGACUAAUUUCCUCACCUUGAGGUCCAUUGUGAUUCUGGGGGACAAUUUAAAGCACAUGUUUUCUCAUACAGAAUGGUCGUCUUCAGUAUACAGUAGACGCCCUGAGGCUCAAGCAAUUAAGUCCUUGUUGUAUUUAGAGAGAUUUUGGAAGUAUGCACAAGAAGCUGUGAGUAUUUCUGAACCGCUACUUAAAAUCCUUAGAGUUGUUGAUGGGGACAUGCCAGCUAUGGGGUACAUGUAUGAAGGAAUAGAGAGGGCAAAGGUUGCAAUAAAGACUCAUUACAAGGGUAUUGAAGAGAAAUAUAUGCUGCUCUGGGAUAUAAUUGAUCGGAGAUGGAAUAUGCAGCUUCACUCGUCCUUACAUGCAGCGGCAGCCUCCCUUAAUCCUUCUAUAUUCUACAGUCCAAACUUUAAGAUCGAUUUGAGGGUGAGAAAUGGAUUUCAAGAAACUAUGUUAAAGAUGGCUACCACACAAGAAGAUAAGAUGGAUAUAACUAAAGAGCAUCCUAUGUAUGUCAAUGCACAAGGUGCACUUGGGACUGAUUUUGCAAUCAUGGGGAGGACACUGAAUGCUCCAGGUGACUGGUGGGCAGGUUAUGGUUAUGAAAUCCCGACACUCCAGCGGUUUGCGAUACGGAUUCUAAGCCAACCUUGUAGUUCCCAUUGGUGCUGUUGGAACUGGACCACCUUUGAGAACAUACAUAGCAAGAAACGCAACCGAGCAGAGCUGGAAAAAUUCAAUGACCUGGUUUUUGUGCAUUGCAAUCUUUGGUUGCAAUCCAUUUAUCAGAAGAGGGAUGGAAAAUGCAAACCCAUUGUGUUUGAUGAAAUAGAUGUUAGCUCUGAUGAAUGGCCUACUGAGUUGGAUUCUUCUGCUCCACUCUUGGAUGAUUCAUGGUUGGACAACUUACCCCUUGGGUGAUACAUGUAUAUGUGUGUGCAUGUAUGUGUUUAAUUAUGUAAUUUUGUAUGAUAAUAUUAUAAUCAGUGGUUGAUAAUUUGAUCUACUCCUAAAGAUGAUAUGAAAUGAGAGAAAGCUAACUGCCAAAGUUGGCACAAUUA